AUGUUUCCGUUUAUGACCAAUGAACAGUACAUUCGACAUAUACAUUCAAUGAUUAACGCUUAUAACAAGAGAGGAGACUCAAAUGGAAGAUAUCUCAUCGAAACCAACGCUCUUAUAGACACCAAAUACCGGACAUGGAAACGAAACGCUGAUCUCAUUAACUCCCUCCUUGCAUUACCCAAGGGCAUGAGUGAAGCCGGCCGC